AUGGUCAGCUGCGAGGCUCGACCUGACGAGCGGCCAGCCUGCAGAAAGGCCAUGGUGGCUGGGGGUGAUGGUAGCUGUAGUCCAGCAACAACCCCAGCUGGAGGACCGCUGUUGCAGACAGCCAUUCGGGUCCACACAGGGGGGCGCCCCCGGCCGGCGGCCGCCUCCUUCCCUUCCGCCUCCCCGGCUGGGGGCCCCGGGCAGGGUGGGCCUCCUUCGGGGAGCCGGGAGGACCCGCUGCCUGCAUGGCCACCGGCCCUGCGGCCUCCAGGCGGCGGCGGCGGCGGCAACGGGGGGGAGAUGGGGCGGCGGCAGCACCCUCGGGCCGGGCUGCAGCUACUCACGGAAGCGGCGCCGCUCUGCCUGCCUUCGGCCGCUUGCACCGCGCUGCGGCGGAACGAGGAGGGCGCGAGACUACAAGCCCCAGCCGGGAGGGGGCGCCGAAGGGGCGGAGCCACCGUGGCCAAAGGGGAGGAACAAAGGGGGCGCGGCGGCGUCAGCAGGAGGCCGGCCGCGGACGCCGUUUCCGUGGCGACGCGGGCGGAGAGCGAGGGCGCCUCCCUCAGCAGCAGGAGCAGCCCCUGGAGAAGGAGAGGAGGAGGAGGAGGCCGGCAGCGCGCCAGCCCCGCCCCCGCCCCAGCGGCAGCAGGUCCGGCUGGGUCCCGCCGGCGGGGGAGGCGGGAGCGCAGCCCUGGGCUGGCCUGGGGGAGCGCGGCGGCGGCGGCGGCGGCGGCGGCCCUUCUCUCUCUCUCUCGGCAGGGGGCGCUGGGCUGCAACUCUCCCCAGCGCCGUUGCGGCGGCGGCGGGUUGUGGGAACUGCAGGCCCCUCGCCCCAAUCUGGGGAGCGCGCCCGCCCGCCCGCCCGCCGGACAAGCGUCGCUCCGGCCCUCGCGCAGGGGGGAGCCGGCGGGAAAGGCCCGCCCUGCCCGCUGCUGCAGCUCCCCUCCAGGGGCGGCGCGAGGAGGGCCCGCCCGAGGGAAGCGCGUGCCGCCUGGCCCCUGCCGCCGCACUGUCUGUCUGUCUGUCUGUCUGUUGCAGAGGAGGAGGACUCCGAGGAUGGCUUCCUGCGAGGAGGAGGCGGCGGCGGCGGCGGCGGCACCGGCACCAGGCCUCGCAGCAGCAGCAGCAGCCGCCGCCGCCGCCGCCGCAGGGUCCCCCUGUGCCGGGAAGGCGGCGGCGGCGCCAGCGACAGCGGCGGGGUCCGUGCCGUGGUGGCGGCCCUGCGCCAACCCGGGCAACCCGGUCUUCUCGUGCAUGUUGGACGCCCAGGCGCUCCCCAGCCGCCCGCCGCUGAGCCAGAAGCCCCCGCCGCAGCCGCUGCUCUUCCGCACCACCUCCCGCGACUACGGCGCCGUGCCGCCCACCUCGCCCAUGGUGCCCUGCAGGCACUGCCCCCGGGAGAACGCCUUCACCGACCACCUCUUCGCUUGCGGCCUGACCCAGUUCAACGGGAUCAACACUGGCCUGGACCGAGACCGGCCCUGCGACCCGGCCGAGCUGCUGAACGUGCUCUAGGGGCCGCCGACUCGUGCUGGCUGCUGCUGCUGAUGAUGAUGGUUAUUAAAAGGGCUUUCCUCCGAGACGAGCCUCUCUGUGACGGGGGCUCUCGAGGCAGCGCCUGGCCGCCUCCCCGGCUCCAAGGCACUUCCAUGCGAAACCAUUCCCCGCGGAGAAAGGCUGCAGCCCGGCCGCCUCCCGGACCCAGACCUGCUGCUCGGGCCCUCUCUGCUACGAGGCACUUGGUGCGCCGAGGAGUAUUCUGUCACCAGGCCAGUCCCCUCGGCCCUCUGAAGGGGGGCUGCCAGGCAAACACUGGCUGACCACCUCAGUGAGGCAGGGGCCAGGCCCAGCAGGCUGCCCUUGCCCGCUGGGAUUCUGGAGGGAGUCCUCUUCCCCCUCAAGUAGUGGGAAGGAAUGGUCACAACUAGACUCACGCCUGCAUAGGUAGAAUUCCACCCCAAGAAAACUCUUGUGCUUUCUGCACCAGAUCGGAAGAGCAUUUCAUUACUGUGGUUCUCCUACACGGAUCAUGCCCUCUCAGCCCCACAGUUCUGUACACCUGAUAACUUCAAAUACAGAAAGGAGGAUACAUUUACAUAUGAAUACAUUCUUUGCAAAAAACCCAAGCUGCACCAUUAACAAGAGGCUGCAGGACAUUCUCCUACCUCAGCUUGUGCAGCUUCUCAGGUUAUUAAGAGUGGUCACUAAGAAAUGCACUUGCAUUUUAUUCUGAAUUUUCAGAUAUUCUUAAACUUCCAAUUCCCCACUUUUGGCAGACAAAGGGAGGGUCAUGGCACCACACCACCCAGGGGGCUUACAGUUUCCUGAGCAAACUGCAACAACAGGCAUCAAGUCUUGCAACAACAGGCAUCAAGUCUUACUCAGGUCCAGUUUUCAACUAGACAUUGAUAAUAACUGUUUCACACAACAUAGACUUGAGUCUCAGAAAUAACAAUAUUUACUUUGUGGUACCCUUUCUAAACUGGUAUGUAUUUUUAAUUGGUUGUUUUCAAAUAUUUAACUAUACCUCAAAAUGCUACACAGAAUAGUGGUUAUUUUUUACUAUUUUAAGAACUAGGACAUAUAUUUAUCAAGAUUCCCAACAUGAUCUUAUAUUAAUGGAUCAAUUGUUUGAGUUUUCAAUAAAUCCAAGCUCAAGCUG